AUGGAAAAAUCUAAAAUUAAAAGUUUCUUUUCUUAUUUUGAGAAUAAAUUUAAAAAAAAAAAAUUCAAACUAUAUUCUCGUUCUUCACCUAAAAAUUCGGAAAUAAAGAAUGUUAACACAAACUCCUCUUCUAAUUCAACUUCUAAAAUAAUCAAUUAUGUAAAAGGACUUCUUGAAGAACAUGGAAAUGAAAUUCAUUCCGAAUUUUUCAAAUCUCCUGAAGAACCAGCUAAACUCACUAUCGAUGAAUAUGGAGAUAGUACAUGGACAGGUUAUGGUGAAAGUUCAAUGUCAGCAUACGAUACAGCUUGGUUGGCAAUGGUUCCUAAUAAAGCAUAUAAAGAGUCUGCGGUCGCCGAAGAAUUCUCUUUGGCAUUCCCUAAAUGUUUCAAAUGGUUAUUCGAUUAUCAAGAUGAAUUUGGUGGUUGGUGCAAUGUCCGAGGUGCAGGAGCUAUUACUCCAGUACUUGCCGGGUUAUCGGCACUUUGUCAUUUUAGAACUUGCAGUGGAGCGUUUUUUGAACAAAAAUUGAGCGAAAUUGGAAUUAGCAUCAAACAAUUUUAUGAUGUUAUAAAUAAAGCAACCGAAUUUGCACGUGUCACUUUAAAUGAAUGGAAUAUUAACGAUAUAGAUCUUGUGGGAUUAGAAAUAAUAAUUCCGUAUCACCUAAAUGCUUUAAAGAAAUCCUAUCCUGCCAUUGAAUUUGAAUUCCCCGAAAAACAAAAGCUUUUAAAAGCAAAUGAAAGAAAAUUAUCAUUGAUACCAUUAGAAGCUAUCUUUAAAAUGGCCAAAAUGAGACAACCAAUUUCUUUAAUCUAUUCACUGGAAGCAUUUUCCGAUGUAAUCGAUUUUUCACGUGUACAAAACGAAGGUUUUCAAGCAUUGAAUGGAAGUUAUGGAUCAUCCGCAGCCGCAACUGCUGCUGUACUUAUUCAUGCAAAACAAUGGGACGACAAAGCAUAUUCUUUUCUUGAAAAUAUUUUACAAGUUCCUCCAACAAGAUUUGGAUAUGUACCAUCAGUUUCCGAUAUUGGAAUAUUUGAAUCCGCUUGGGUAUUACACUCAAUAGGUGAUUUGAUAUUAAAAUUGAAGAAGAAGAAUAUUACCGAUCAAGAACUUUUCUCAAAGAAUAUGGCUUUCGCACAAUAUUUACAAGCAAUACUUAAAUUUCAAGGAGGAAAAAUUCGAUGGAUUAGUUGGGAUAGUAGAAUACCUGCUGACGUUGAUGAUACCGCUGUAUCGAAAUGGAUUGUCCGGCAGUUUGACUCAAAAUCAGAAUUCAAUCUAGAUGUUUUGAUGAAAACAUUUUAUAAUGACAAUCAUUUUAUUACUUUUCCUGCAUUAUUACUUUUGGAAUAUGAAAGAGCAAAACUUCAAGGAAAUCCAUCUAUUACUGUACCAGUUAUAACAAAAACUGGUUUAACUCAACAAGUUAAACUUAAACAAGUCAUUCUAAAUGUGAUUAAAUUUCUUAUGGCUCAACGUACCAAAAACUUUGUUUGGUUAGACAAAUGGAACAAAAGUCCUUCUUAUACUACAUUUAAAGUAAUUGAUAUCUUACUAUCUUUGAUUUCUCAUCCCGAACUACUUGAAGAAUUAAACUUAUCCGUUAAUGAACUUAAAGAAUUUUGUCGAAAAUCAAUAGAUUGGGCAUUGAAUACACAACAUGAAGAUGAAAGUUGGGGUGAACCAUCUAGCAUAUCUCAAGGUAAUAUGGAAGAGACUAGUUACAUAAUAAGAUUAUUGAAGACUGGUAUAAUGAAUUGGCCAGAAGAUAUGAAUAUUCACAAUUCAUUACGAAAGGGACAAAAUUAUUUAAUGAGCCAUUUGGAUGAAGCAAUGUGUGAUCCAAAAUUCUUUUAUGAUAAACAACCAUUUCUUUGGAUUGGCAAACAAAUGUAUACAGUACCAAGAAUAAUUAAAGCUGCUAUGUUGGUUGCUGCUUAUGAAGAAUAA